CGCAGUACAACAUGACUGAGCUUGAGGCCUUGACAGAGCACAGCAGUCUCAUAUCCAUAUCAGUGGCUAACAAACCACUCUGAUGGGCGACACAGAUAAACAGAGUCAGGAAGAGAUGGAGGAUGAUGGCUGUGUGACAACAGCCUCCAGCAGCACUGCACCCACCACCAGUGCCACACCAGUGAGCUCUACACCCAGAUCCAACAGUCCCACAGGCACUCAGCCCAACGGCAUUCCUCUGGGAAACAUCACUUCAGACAGGCAGGCGGUCCAGGUAAUCCAGCAGACGCUACACAGACCACAGAGCAUGACAGCUCAGUACCUACAACAGAUGUAUGCUGCCCAACAACAGCAUAUCCUGCUGCAGACGGCUGCACUACAACAGCAGCAUCAACAGAACCUCACGGCUACACAAAUCCUGACCACUACAGAGCAGGCCACGCAGACUAAUGGCAGGCAGCUCACCUCCUCCCCUCCAUCAUCCAAUGGGAAUGUAACUCAGCUGGCUAGUGUGUCUCAAACAUCAAUCACCAUGCCAACCUCUCCUGUAACUCAGCCAAUAGGUCGCAUCCAGGUCACUAGCUCCAAUAGCACAGCGGGAGCCAUAUCCCAGCAGGCCAUGCUUCUAGGAAACAGCUCUCCCACAGGUAGCCAGGCCCAAAUGUAUCUGCGCACUCAGAUGCUGAUUCUUACUCCUGCUGCCACUGUAGCUGCUGUUCAACCUGAUCUGACGGUUGUAAGUUCAGUGUCCUCUCAAUCAGCAUCAUCACAGGUUCAAAGUCUGGCUCUCCGCACGCAUCUUCGUGGAGCUCUUGCUACUCCCCAGAACGUCCAGAUCAAGCCUUCUCUUCAAGGCCAGACGCUGGUGUCCCCCCAGCCCAAGAUGUCCAUUUGCCCACUGAAGUCCACACAGCUGUCCCAGAACCUGGCAGAAACUUCUAGAAGUGAGUCACUGUUGACCGAUGUUACUCAGCCAGCAUCAGCCCAACCACUCAUUCCUCCUUCAACCUUCACUCCAGUUCAGUCUCAUACAUUGGUCAGACACCAGCUGCAUUGCCCUUCUGGCCAGAGGGUGGCGCCACACCAGCUCAUCAUCCAGCAGAGCUCUACCGCUCAAAGACAGGUCCAGCCCAUUGCGCUGCGUGUCAUGCCGCAGGACAGCUGUCCUCCACCCCUUGCCCUGCAGUCCCGUACCACUCCCACUACAGCCACCGUCCAAUCACAGCACACGGAGUUCCUCUCAGUGCCCUCCUCUGCAAAUCAUCCCAGCAAUCAGUCAGCAGUGGUUUCUACAUCCACAGCUCCCCCUGCAGUGCUCCCUGACCCUCCACCGCUUCAUCUGGGCCCAGUACUAGAGCCGGUCUCCCAGUAUUCACCUCUGUCCAGCCCCACUCCUCUCACCAUGGCUCUGCCCAGGCUGGUCCAGCCACAGAGACUGCCUCUACGCUCAGUCCAGACCGUAGCUGUCCAGUCUGACCACAUGCUGGUGUCUGAAGAGGAGCUCCCAGUCGCUGAAGCAGUAGUUCAGUUGCCUUUUCAGAAUCUUCCGCCACCACAGACAGUGGCAGUGGACCUAAAGGUGCAACCUGCCACACAAACAGAAGCUCCCUCGAACUCUGACCUGACCUCUACUCUAACCAUAGCUGAUCUGGACCAACCGAGCAUACCAUCGAGCAGAUCUGUGAUCCGGUCACCAGAGGACCCCACAUAUGCCAACAGUUCCCCCCCUCCCCUCCUCUCCUCUGCGGUAAGAAGCACCAGCAGGCUUCCCCCAGCCAGCCUUCCAGGGAACCCUGAGGGUCGGCCCUCACAGGCCAUCGUUAGACCUCACAUCCUCACACACCUCAUUGAGGGCUUCGUCAUCCGAGAGGCCCUGGAGCCGUUCCCGGUGAGACAUGCUUCCUUAGAGAUGAACCUGCAGGCCACACUGCCAGAAGAUAGAGAGAAUGGAGAAUCAGCACAGGAUGACUGCCUGAUGGAUGCGGACCAACCAGAGAACUCCACCGAUUCCGACAUUGAUAACCCACCUGCUGAGGAUGAACAGACAGUUGAAAACCUGCCUGACAUACUCGAAUGCGAGUUCUGUGGGAAGAGAGGCUUUGCUCGUACCUUCCUCAGGUCCAAACGCUUCUGCUCCAUGACAUGUGUCAGAAGAUUCAAUGUAAGCUGUAAAAAGCGCCUGAACCUGUUUAGCUCAGAAAAAGUUGGCCACUGGCCACACAGGCCCAUGGGCAAGCGGGGGAGACCACCUAGUCACAUAAACAGCAGGUCCAGGGAACACUUCCUCAGGCAGCAGCUGCAAGAAUCCCAUCGUACCAGCAACAACCCGAGAGUCUCGAAUUCAAUUUGGAUUGAGAGAGAAGAGGAGGAGGAUCCACCAGGCCCGAUGACGACAAGGCUGCGUUUGCAGGCCGAAAGAGAGAAGGAGCAAGACAGAGAAAGGGAACAGAGCAGAGUGGAGAGCAGCAGCAGCUCUGACUGUCUUCUUGACUCAAGUCCCUCACAGUGGAGCGUGGAGCAAGUGUGCUCCUUCAUCGGCUCUUUACCAGGGUGCCAUGAUAUUGCUGCAGAGUUCUGCUCACAGGAGAUUGACGGACAGGCCCUGUUGCUGCUUACGGAGGACCAUCUCAUGAGCGCUAUGAACAUUAGACUGGGCCCUGCGCUCAAAAUCUGUGCGCAGAUCAAUGCUCUCAAAGAACAUUAGACAGGCUCGUCUUUCCACUCUCAGUAUGUGGGUCAUAUUCGGUCACACAGUAUUCUCGAGUCAGAUUCCUCUAAAGUGCCAUGAUAUCAGUAUGUGGCCAUUCUACAAAUACUGUAGACACCUUCUUCAUAUACCUCAAAGUUUCAUGAUAUACUUAUUUUGGAAUUCAUUCCAUUCGGUGAAAAGUUUUAUAGUAACUAAAAUUAAUUCUGAUCUUGUAUAUUACAUUUAUAGUUAACAGACCAACUGGAAAGGCAGAUUAUGAAGAAUGAGAAAUGAUGAAACUGAGCAGCCACAGGAAGCUGGUGCAUAAUGUACAAAGUAUUU